AUGGUAAUAUAUGUUGUCUAUGCAUGUAGCCGAGAAGGCAAAAGAACUAGUCAAGCUAGCACAUCUCUCAAGCCUAAAGCAACUAUUCGUGUAGGGUGUAAAGCUAAGAUCACAGCCAUAUUAGUUGUUUUAGGAACUUGGCGAAUAAGCACCGUCCACCUUGAGCAUAACCAUGAAACAAGUCCAAGCAAAUCUAGGUUGUAUAAAUGCAAUAGACAGUUGAACGAACAUGUGAAGCGACAGCUUCAAGUUAAUGAUAUAGCUGGAAUUUCGCUACAGAAAAGUUAUAACUCAGCUGUUGUUGAGGCUGGUGGGUAUGAGAACCUUACGUUUGUGGAAAAGGAUUGUAGAAAUUACAUUGAUAAGGUGAGGAAGUUAAGACUUGGGGAAGGAGAUGCUGCUUCGAUUGAAGCGUAUUUUUCGAAAAUGCAAGCCCUUUGUCCGAGUUUCUACUUCAGUGUCGACUUGGACGAAGAUUCUCGAUUGAGAAACGUAUUCUGGGUAGAUAAUAGGUGUAGACAAGUGUAUAAGGAAUUUGGCGAUGUGACAUUCGACACCACAUACCUAACCAAUAGGUACGACAUGCCAUUUGCUCCGUUUGUUGGUGUUAAUCACCAUGGGCAAUCGACAUUGUUUGGAUGUGGUUUACUUUCGAACGAGGACACUAGGAAUUUUGUGUGGUUGUUUAGGACAUGGCUUCAAUGCAUGGAGGAUCAGGCUCCCACUGGAAUAAUCACUGACCAGGAUAGGGCUAUGCAAAACGCAAUUGAGAUAGUUUUCCCUAACACAAAGCACAGGUGGUGUUUGUGGCAUAUACUAAAGAAGUUACCAGAAAAGUUUGGGAACCAUAGUUACAAGGCUUCAAUUCUUUCGGCCAUACAUGACGUGGUGUACGAAUCACAUAGUCUUGAAGUAUUCGAGCAAGGAUGGAGUUCAAUGAUUGAGAAAUAUGCACUGCACGACAACGAUUGGUUGUCUGGACUAUACACACAGAGAGCUCGUUGGGUGCCAUGUUUCUUGAAAACUAGUUUUUGGGCAGGGAUGUCAACAACCCAACGGAGUGAGAGCAUGAAUGCAUUUUUCGAUGGUUAUGUACACUCAAAAACUUCAUUGAAGCAAUUUGUUGAACAAUAUGAGCGGGCAAUGAGGGCUAAAGUUGAAAAGGAGUUUCAAGCCGACGUUAAGUCAUUUUCUUAG